AUGCAGACAAUGGAACUUGGGCAGUUUAUCUUAAAACAAGAGCAGGAAAGGGUUGUAGAUAAACUGACCCAUCAGGACAUACCAGUUUCUACUGAAGAAACAUCAAAAGAACAAAUUAUUUGUUCUUCAACAGAAGAUAAAAAGAAUGAAUAUAUUCGAAGUAUUUUAACAAAACCUAAAAAAUUUGAAAAAAGUAAAUUAAUGAAUUCAAAACAAAAACAACUAAAGAAUUCAUUAAAUGGACCUCAAAAACUUACACAACAAUCGUUAGAUAAAAUCAAUAAAUUAUAUUUUCUUCAGAAAGUCAAUAGAAUUAAAGAAUGGAUAUUAACUAAGAAUGAUGGUUCAGAUUAUCCGUAUCCAUUCUUAUUGUAG